AAACAAAACGAUAAGUAAUCUCCUCUAUCCACGAUUGGACUUAUUAUAUACAUACAUAAAUAAAACCAUCAAACGCCAUGUCGUAUCCAAGAUCGAAACGGUCAUUGGAGAUUGAGUUAAUAUCAGCGGAAGGACUCGAGGUAAAUGGAAAACCGGUGAAGAGACAGACAUUCGGCGUGGUCAGAAUAGAUCAAGAGACUCAUCACAAAUGUAAAGUGGAUGAACAGGGUGGUAGCUAUCCUAUUUGGCAAGAUAGAAUCAAGACGGAGAUGGCUGUAGACGGGAGUGUAAGGUUUAUCACCGUCGAGGUUUUCUAUAAAACAAGUGGCGGGGCCGAGAAGAAUGUUGGAGUCGCCAAGAUUCCGGUGACGGAUUUCAUGGGAGGAUUCGCUCCUCGGGGGCAUUUGAAUUUCUUGAGUUAUAGGUUGAGAGAUGAGUAUGGAGACAAAAGUGGUAUCGUCAAUGUUUCAAUAAUGGUGAAACCUGACUUUAGCGAUGUUAAAUAUCCAUCGCCGUCCUUGCCUUCGUUGGGUUAUACGGCGUGUUCUUCUCAGGCUGUGAGAGCGAAUGGUCAAAUGUGGAGACCAAUGACAUCUUCAUCGAUGGCUACGACAACUGGUUAUGGUGGUCGUAUUGUGACUGGGGUUCCUGUUAAUUGGCCGGCGUAUCAACGACCGUUGUAAUUCUUUAUUUUUCUAUCACGUUUGUCUAAACAGAUGAUAAUUCUUCAUAUUUUUUUACUAUGUACUUACUAUUCUUGAAAUUGGGGUUCUGGGUGAAAAAACAAUACGUUUGAUAAAUCA